AUGGCAGCUGUGCAAUUGAACUUUACACUCAGGACGUCGUCCAACUGCAAGACGGUCCACCUCAUCGGCUCAUGGGAUAGCUACAAGAGUCAACUCCCUCUUUCCAAGGACUCUGCGAAACAAGGCGGUUGGAAGGGUACCUUCAGAUUCCAGGGCUCGACAUUGAAGCCUGGCUCAAGAUACUGGUACUACGUAUGUGUUUUUCUUCUUGUACGCUUCGGGCGGCAUGAGGCAGCUAGUUCUAACAACAGAAACAGUNAUAUUAUUGAUGGUUACCACGUCUCUCACGACCCAGCCCGCGAAUCCACCACCGAACCUACCACAGGCCGCAAACUCAACAUCCUGGAUAUUCCAUCAGGAAAGUCGUCAGCCGCAGCUCCAGCACCAUCUGCAAAAUCGCACAGUGGGCACUCGAGCAGCAAACACUCUCGCCGCACCAGCGAACACAUCCCCAAAGGCCGCUCACUGUCUCCCUCGCAAAUCAAAUGCCCGCGUCCCAAUCGGCCCCACGAAACCCGCACCAUCGCUCGCGAACAGUACAACGCCUCUUCUGUAGACCGUCUCGCCAGUCGCCUCGGCAACACCCAGAUUGAGUCUGACAGCGAGAGCGACAGUGAUUCAGACAGCGAUGUGCCUUCGCUUACCUCCUCGCGCAGCAGUGCUUCGUCCUCGCCUUCGUCAACCAGUGCGUCCUCUAGGUCUUCGUCUACUAGUGCGUGUACCUGCAACCGUUUUGGGAUUACCAGGUCUGGUGCGAGGGUGAAGCUUGACUGUGGCGGUGAUGUGUGUGGAUACGAUGAAGGCAGUGAGUGUUCCUCCGAAAGCGAGGAUGAGAAGAAAUAUCGUGCGCGCACUACAAGACGACAAGGCAUGAUUGUGCGUCGUUGA